AUGCUGCGAAAAGCGUUUACGUUUCCAGAUUUUUGUCCGACAUUUCAGGGUGACCAACUCUACCGAAACGGUCAACUGGUACGAACACUAACUGCAGCGGAUCAAAGAGAGUUGGCUGUUUACAACUCUAAAGUUCAGCAGAUCAAUUUACAAAUGAAUGAAUUCCGCAAGCAAAUGAACGCUGUUUUUGGGCCCGGUGGAUCGUUUCAAAGAUCCUUCCAAGGACCAUUCUGGAAUAACAGGAACAGGCCGGCACCAACCACGAUGCCACUGCUUCCUGUAGAAGAGACUAAACCUAUUCCGGAAAUGCCAUUCCCUGAUCCACCAGCUUUCUGCUACGAAGGUCACUAA